UCCACAGACGCAGACUACGAGUCGGUUCCCGUGGGUGCGUACGGCCUGGCCAUGCUGCGGGGCAUGGGCUGGAAGGAGGAGGAGGGCAUCGGGCGCACGUUCAAGCAGAAUGUGAAACCUCUGGAGCACCAGCUGAGGCCCAAAGGCCUGGGACUGGGUGCCGACAGGUCACUGAUCCGAGAUCUCGAGGAACCUCGUCCUCAGAGAGCGCUGAAGCCGGGUGAGGAGCGGAGGGUGGAGGAGCCAACAGGCCUAGUCUCGGGGAGUUUGGUUCAGAUCGUCAACGGACCACACCAGGGCCUUUAUGGCAAGAUUGAAGGGCUGGACCCAGACAACGCCAGGGUGUUGGUGAAACUGGCUCUUGGAGGCAAGGUUGUGACGGUCAGCCAGUACAACAUCCAGUUCACCAACAAGAAGGAGUACGAGCGAUACAGCAAGGACCUGAGCAGACUGAGCACAGCUCACAGAGACAGCCAGCAGAGGGAGGAGGAACAGGCAGCAGCACACACACAGCCCCUGGAACAGCAGGACAAGGAGGCCGAGAGCAGCAGCGGCCAGGAGAGGAGGCGAGAGGGAGCUCACAAGGAUCGGGACCGGGGUCAGCGGCAAAAACACCACAGGAAGAGGAAGCACCAGGCCCAAUCCGACAAGGAAUCACAAAAAAGCAAAGAGAGGAAGAGUUUGAACGGUUCCAGUGAGGCUGCCCUUCGAGAGUCCUGCUGGCUCAGGAGAGACCUGUACGUUCGAUUCAUCGACAAGCAGUAUAAAAAUGGAAAAUAUUACAACUCAAAGGUGACAAUUGAGGACGUACUCAGCUACGAUUCAUGUGUGUGCAGGACGGAGGAAGGGCGACUUCUUGAAGGGAUCAGACAGUCGAUGCUGGAAACAGUAAUUCCCAAGAGGGAUUCUGAACAUGUCCUGGUUGUCCUGGGUCGGCACAAGGGGCAGGUUGGGCGUGUUCUCCGUCGAGAUAAGGAUCACUGUCAGGCUGUGAUCCAGUUACAGAGGGGUGAUGAACAGGUCCUGCAAAUCGACUACGACUCCAUCUGUCAGUACGUGGGAGGCACAGACAAUGACUGAGGGAUGUCCCUCUGGCCCCCUCCUCCCUGGGAGAGCCAGCGGUGUCCGUAUCCAGCACAUUCCCGCAGUGUUUCACAGCUCGGAGCUGGAAUUCCCCCUUCAAGAUGCUGAUCCUAGGAUAGUCCCAGCUCACAGCUGCUGUUCCAACGUCCCCAUGAUUCCGCACUUGUCCGACUUCUACCGAUCCCGGAAUGGGCUGUUCCCCUUCCUGAGCUUUGGGGUAAUAACACAGGGAGAAGGAGGGGUGGGGUCUGUGAACCCCGAGCGACAGGUCUGUACCUGUGUGGGUAUU